AUGCCCUCUAGCGAAUCGCUAGUGGCUCCAGAAUCCUCGAUAGCUGUAUCCCAGUCCUCCGAGCGCGAUUCCGCUUCCGGGCCCGCUGCCGUCUCUCAGUCUGCUAUCAGUACAGGUGCCGACGACGCGGGGAAGCAUGCCGCUAUCAUCGAGCCAGUGCCAAAUCCCGAGUAUGUGACCGACGUCAACCUCGUCAUCCUUGUAGCCGCUGUCGGGUUUGCCAAAUUCCUCAUGAUGCUAGAUCUCAUGAUCGUCAGCACAGCCGUCCCGAAAAUCACUGACCAGUUUCAUUCCCUCGCCGACGUCGGUUGGUACGCCAGUGCCUAUCAGGUUGGAAGUGCUGCACCACAACCAUUGACCGGAAAAAUCUACAAGUAUUUCAAUACAAAAGUUCGUAUAGAGCCUUCGCCGCCUCUCGUGUUUCGAGCUCUUGGACCUUUGGUCCUUUUUGCCAUCUUCGAGCUUGGCUCCGUCAUUUGCGGUGCUGCCAACUCGUCGGCCGUCCUUAUUGGCGGUCGCUUCAUCACGGGCUUUGGCGGCGCCGGUGUUGCGACUGGUACCAUCACAAUGAUAUCAAACAGCGCGCCUCUUGAAAAGCGAGCAGUCAAUCUCAAUCUCCUUGGACUCGUUGUAGGGCCUCUCAUCGGAGGUCUUUUCACGUCUUAUGUUACGUGGCGUUGGUGUUUCUAUAUCAACCUACCCGUUGGCGCCCUAGCGGUCAUUUCCAUAGUCCUUCUACGGAUUCCUGAACCGACAAUCAAACCGAGAGCUUUAUCGCUGCUACCGAGGCAGCAUCACCAUCUUGAUCUCGUUGGCUUUCUCCUAUUCGCGCCUGCAAUUGUACAGUUACUCAUCGCUUUUCAAUAUGGCGGCCGGAUCUAUAAGUUGAAUUCUUCUCAGGUAAUCGGCCUCUUCGUCGGCGCGGCGGCGACUUUCGUCGUCUGGGCACUGUGGAAUCGAUACCGAGGAGAAGAUGCGAUGAUUCCUCGUGCAUUGAUCCGCCAGAGAAAUGUCUUGGCCUCAUCGUUAUACAACGCUUGCCAGACAUCAGCGCUAUAUGCGGCAAUUUAUUAUCUCCCAAUCUGGUUCCAAGCUGUCAAAGGCGAGAGUCCAGUAAAGAGUGGUGUAUUUCUUCUUCCAUUGAUUCUAUUCCAACUUGUAUUCGCUGGCGCUUCAGGCGGCAUAGUACAAAAGGUCGGCUAUACCAUUCCCAUAACCCUGUUUACCAUUCCCAUAACCCUGGUCGCUUCAGUUUACCUUGCUAUUGGAACAGGCCUUCUCUCCCUCCUUCAACCAGACACCUCGACUGCCCGUUGGGUAGGGUUCCAGAUCCUUCUUGGCGUUGGCAGCGGAUCAGGGCUGCAAAUGCCUCUUAUCGCCGUGCAAGCUGCGAUGGACGGCGAAGAGCUGGCCUCCGGUAUUGCUUUCAUGGUCUUUAGUCGGGCGAUCGGACCGGCCAUCGCGAAUACCGUCUAUAAUGUGAUGUUUCUGGAGAAUUUGCCGACGGAAAUCGCCAAAUAUGCGCCCGACGCUGACCCACAAGCUAUUGUUAAUGCCGGUGCUUCCGGCUAUCGCUCCAUCGUCUCGCCUGCAGACUUGGACGGUAUAUUAGUUGCAUACCCAAACAGCCUGGGCCGGGUCUACUACUUGGGGGCGGCCUUCGGAGCGCUUUGUUGGUUUGCCUCGUGGGCGAUGGGAUGGAAUGACAUCCGAAAGAAGGCGAUGGAAGAUACAGAAGCCAAACCUGACGGUACAUAUGCCGAUCGCUCAGCAGAGGAGGUUAAGGAGGCAGUUCCAGGGAUGAAGGAAGUAAAUCAGUCAAUUGUAUACCACUGGUAA